AUGGCGCUGAGAUACUUCUUAGCCAUCCCGGUUAAAGCCUGGCAGGAAAUGAAGGCUGACUAUGAGAGACAGAUUCCAGUUCGCAUGAAGAGGCCUGUCUUUUCUGCAGACCCAGAGUCGGCAGCGUUGGCUCCUCGGCCGCUUACAUCACGCAUGACGCAGGCGAGCAUGUGCAAUCGAGCGCCUCAACUGGGGCUUUCCGUGUCAAUGCAGCGCAAACGCCAGCCACGGAAGCUUGCGGCCGAGCUGUACACAGAGAGCUUGAGCGGGGCAAAGCAGGGGCACAAACUACGGAUGCUGAAUGACACCUUUCAGCUGCAUGAAUGUCACUGCGGCCCCGACAUGGAAGGGGAGGCCCAGCUAGGUCUGCUGGAGAUUUCAAUUUGCACCUGCGAGUGGUGGCCGGCUACAUUGCAAGUGGCAUCCACAGGAGAGACGGUCCUGAAGAGCACGCAGUCCAGUGAGGAGACGGCGUCUUGGACACUCUACAUGCUAGUGUCCAAGUCCGAAAGCGACGAGUGUGGCCUUGCGCGGCGUGAGAAAGAGGGUCGCGUAAAGAUGCAUGAUGAAGCUCUUGUUUUUUUAGAGGGCCUUGAGGAAAAAGAGACCUUGGCGGAGUUGGCGCGAGAGGUGGCCCGUGUCAGUCGCUUCAGCAAAUGGUGGCUCCCCACUUUGUGUUGGCUGCCGGAGGUGAUGUUGAAGCAGACCUUCCAAGCCGUGCCUUUGUCUUCUCUAGAUCUUGGGAAGGACUUGCGCAACGCGAUCGCCGAUUGCCGCGAGUUGUGCAAGCGCAUGGCUCAGAGUUUUGAAGCCCGAGUGCUUCGCAACACUGCUUGGCUAAUUCCAUCUAAAGUCCUUGAGGGCAUGGACUGCUGCUUUGACUUCCCUGUGUUCCUCGCUGGUAAGGAAGGUGUGGUGACUUAUUGCCAGCGUCGCUGGCCUUGGACAAUUUCCGUGAAGCACCCGACACACCUCCGACGACAAUAUGCGAAUGUCAUGGCGUGUUUCUUCUCCGCAUCUCGAAAGCACGCAGACAAGCUUUGGAAAGAUAGCAAAAUUCAAUGGUGCGAGCUCUGGCGGCUGGCGCAUAUUGACAAAGAUUUCUUUUGCCCUGGCACCAGAGACGCCUUUUUCGUUUUCCAUGCCUGCGGUUCCAUCCUGUCUUCGGAGGCGUUUUGUGAGUCCCUGGCUUCGCAGCUGAAGCGCUUCACCAAGAGUGGAAUAGGCACGUCUGCCAACUCCUUUGCCAGCGAGAUGGCCAGGACAGACGCAGUGAUACGCACUGCCAACCUCACGAUAGCGACGUUGGCAACGCUGGCAACGCCCUGGGCAAAACGGCGCCGUUUGACGCCGGCACCUUGGAGGCGGCUCUCUCGCACCGGUGGCCGUGUGGCCUUGACUGGAGAUGCAGAGUCGCCGCAGAUCCUCAGGCAAUGGCGCCAUGCUCGCAGAGCUCGGCUGAUGAAUUCCUUGGAUUGGACACGCUAUCAUCUUUGGAUCUACUUUGUUGACAGCUGCGAGCCCUCUUAUGCGCGAGCCCGACUCUGCCGUUUCUUCUUUGAGAAAGUCUGCCAGGGCCGUGACACCGCCACGUUGCUCUACUGCGCCGCCGGCGGAAUGGAAAACACCCAGCGGGAGCACAUGGGCCUCGAAGUUGCGUCAGCUGUGCCAGAUUUGCACCCGGGUGACUUGCAAAACUUGAGUUGUCCUCCCUUCACUUUCGUGCCGAACGACUUCAGCAUGUACGACGUCACUGUGGCAGUGGAUGAGGCCACUGCUCAGCGGAUCCGACAGCAGCUCCCCAUCGACCGGGACGAGCUCUGUGUGCUUAGUGACUUUGUGGAUGCCUAUGACGUCCUCCUCGAAGCAGAAGAGGAGAUGGUGGCUCCAAAGUCAUUGACUCCAGGGUUGCUCACCGCAGAUGGCUUAGCACGGCUGAAGCCUGGGGAGCCGCUCCGUGGAACACCGGUGCCAGUCCCUGUAGGGAGCCCUUUGUGUGGUCUCCCCGAAGCUUGGGAGGAGUUGUGGAGCAGCGGUGAGAGCUCUUUGGCAGCCAAAGUCUCCUGUACUGCCUCCAAUCGACAUCUGAGGAGUUGGGGUGAAGAUUUGCAAGCCAUCUGGGAGGGAUUUGAAAGAGGAAGCAUCAACGCAAUGCCCGGUGAUGAGCCAGGCGAAGACCAUCCCUUUGAAGAGGCUGGUCGUAUCUUCCACUCCAUCGUUGGCCUGGAGCGAUGCCUGCGGGCCAGCAUCCCACCGGACAUGCGCUGGUGGAACGACGAAGUGUGA